AUGGUAGCACUGGUGCAGGGGGAGGGCGCGGCGUGGCGCGAGGCGGCCGCCGGCGCGCUGGUGGCGCUGCCCGGCGUGCAGGCGCGCUCGCUGGCGCUGGUGCUGCGGCUGUGCGCGCCGCCCGGCUCGGGCCCCGCGCGCCAGCACGCCGCCUCCUGCCGACACCUGCCGCCCGCCGCCGCGCUCGCGCCGCUGCUCAUCCGCGGCGAGCCGGGCCACGAGCCGGCCGCCGCCGCGCUGCUCGCCGCACUCGCCAGGGACCUCACCGACAACAGGUUGCUGGAUCAUGCCAUCCAAGCGACCGUAGGCAGUCCAGACAUCCACAUUUAUUCUGGAAGCAUACAACGGAAGCGCAAGGAACGCCAUGACAGUUUCGGCCAAGAGUGCAAAGUAAUUAGGUCCAACUCUGAGGAACGCCCUCUUGAAAAUGACACCAGCCACUGCAAAGACGGAAAUGCAAUUCGCCGUGUCAGCAGUCAUGAGGAUUUCUCCCUGGUCCAUGCUGGACACAAAGCAGACAUCACAAACCAAGCCAAUUGCAUUGCUCGUAUUUCUAGUUUGCCGCUACAUGAGCGUAACCCAGUUGCUGUGGUUGGUGGUGCAAAUGUGCACCAAAAAGGUGGCCACCACCAGGCACCUCCUGCUUCUGCCCCGGCAACAGUCGUGAGUGACGUGUCCGGUAGUGGCAACACUACUGUUGGUGAGGCAGAUCUGUCCGAUGACAAUGAACACGAGAGGCAACGCUGCAGUGAACGCUUCUCACGCUCUGCCGUGCCGAGGCCGGCAAGGGGCCGUCGCAAUCCCGCUCGCCGCCAGCGUCGCCCGGGUCACCAUCGCCGUACUCGCCAUUCUCCUGAUACUGACACUGACAGCUCCUCAAAGGAAAACGAGGAUGAGGAAAGAGGGAACUCACGGUCCCCUCAUUUACAUCCUGCUGGCAGCACCAUACACUAUAACUCAUCUGAGGAUGAGGCAGAGAUCACCAGCUCUCAUUCCUUCUUACAGCUUCAUUCACCCUCUCAGGAACGUGAACGGUCGCCCUCACCUGUGCCAUCAGCAUCGCCUCCUGUAGCUCCUCCACUAGACCUGAAGACUUUGCACCAGCAGGUUGGUGAGAGUGAACCACAACCCUCACGACGUGGUAGCGGUGGUGCAGGAAGUUUGACUAUGCACCAUUUGGACCCCAGUGUGCCACCAUCACCACCUCACGAGCACGCAGGUCCGGGACGCUCACCGCUAAUAUCGCCGGAACAGAGGCUUAAAGCAUUGAACAAACAAGGGCACAGCUUGAAAAAGAAGGUGAAACAGUUUGAGGAGGAUUUCCAAAAGGAAUAUGGGUACCGGCCUUCACACAGUGAUAAAAUGUACGAUAGGGAGAUGAAGAAAGUUUGCGCCGAGUUGAACAAAAUACGUAAGGAAAUUAAACAACUAAAAGAGGAUCCCACAAGUAUUGACUUACUGAUGGACACAUCAGAUACCAGGAGCUCAACUGAUAUGUCCCAUCACCGUCACAAACCUAGGACAAUGGAGGAAAUGGUGCUGGAAGUGGAGAAGCACUUGGCUGAAAAACGGCACCAAGCAGGCCGUCCAGACAAGGUGGACGAGCUGUCCCCAGAGCAGGCUCUGGAUGAGAAAUUGGCUGUACAGAAAGUGUUGCUACAUAUGGAGGAGAUGUUUGGGAGGCCCACUUCAAGAGGAGACCGUGAUCUUGUACGCCCUCUGUAUGACCGCUAUCGUGCUCUCAAGAGGCUUAUCAUCCGUGCAGGAUCAACAAAGCUGAAGGAUAGUGUAUCAGAGCUGGCAACAAUUCAUGAACAUGAAGCAAUGGAAUUUACAAGUCCUCCACUGCCACCAUCAUUGACAACAACGUAUGAGGCUGACACUGCUGAAUCAAUACGGCCAAGCUUGCCGUCAACUUCAGAAACACUUUCAACCAACCUCCAUUCUCUCCCACUGUCGGAGUUGCUGAACCAGCAACGAGCAGCACGUGAGGAUAAGAAACGGUUGCGACGAUCACUGAGGGAGUUUGAGGAGGAGUUCCAGCAGCGCACUGGCAGAAAACUGCAGAAAGAGGACCGCACUGCUAUUGAGAGCAUAUAUACAGCAUACAAGCACACAAAGGCCAAACUGCGACUACUUGAAGCUCUUGUUUCCAAGCAUAUCUAAGCAGUAGCUAUACUCCUGCGAAACACACCUCUAUUCAUAUGAUGAACACUUCUUAACUUCAUGUUUGUUUGGAUAUCUGGACUCAAGUGUUCCUCAUGUGUUUGGUGAUCUCUUGGUGAACACCUUUACUGGUGAAGCAAGAACUGUGAAAAAAAUUAAAUUUGAUGUUAAUUUCUUUCUAUUACUCAGAUUAAUAUACACCAGUAGGAAUCUUUGAUGUUAUUGGGGCAAUAACUAUGUGGAAGAAUGCCAUCCAAUCCCCAAUUAUUCUCCAGGCUUACACUGUAUUCCAUGUCAUUAUAUUAAUAACAGGUACAUAGUGACAUUUGACUCAUAAGAGGACUUCACAGUUUUGAAGUGUGACAUGCAGUGUGUGACACUUAUUUUGUCAAUGAGUUGUUGUGCUUUUGACUUCUUUCAGUGAAUAUAAAAAUGUGGUUGAGAAGUGAGUUAUGCAGUUAGAAACAUUCCCUUGCUUGAUUUCUUGAAGGUUCUAUUCAUUCAUCCUAAUCAAACAGAAGUAGAUGAUAGUGGUAUUUCAAUGGCAUAGACAUUAUUGUGGAAUUGUGAAGCAUCUUGGUGUGUUAGUGUAGCUGUAAUAUGUUGCAUGGUGUAAAAGUAUUUCUUUGUGUACAAGAUUACUUAAAUUAUGGGGGAUCUUGAUACAUGAAUGCAACUUCGCUGUUCUACAAUGAAUGUGAGUGACUAAGGAAUCUCAAAUUUUUUAUGUGCCAGUUAUAUCCACCCUUGUGGUAGACAUAAGGUUCAGUAACUGAAGUUACUUUAGAACUAGGUGUAAGAUACCAUUCAUUAGGUUCAAUGUUUCAAGCAUUAUCAAGAAAGGUAGACCUUAUGUAACCCAGAAUUAAGGCAAAUAAUUUUGCUGCUGUGUGAUUUAAUGCAUGUUCAUCAUUACUCCAUACACAUUUUUAGACAUACAAUCUUACCACUGAAGGAAGGAAUAAAAGUAAUUUGCAAUAGGAAAAGCUUGAAAGUACUGGUUUUGAGUACUGAAAUUUUAUGAAGCAGAAACACAAGACCAGAACUAUCAGUAAUUUGAGCAUUUCUAUUAAGCAGGUGACAUUGUUACAAAACCAAGAGACUGGGAAAACAAUACACAUGUAAGUUAAUGUUUAAAAUAAUUCUUCUCUCCUAUACAAUACCUAUAUAAAUUUGUCAUAGCGAGACAGAGACUGACUAUUGUUUUAGUAUUUGCAGUACAAUGUGUUUGACUAAGUGGAAAAUAAUGUUAUGGAGAGUUGCUUUUUUGUUAAUUUUAUUAUUGUUGGAAAUAUAUCACAUUAUGGUCCCUUAAUACAAUGUUGGAAAUAGUGUUUUAUAUGUUAAUGUGAUCUGUGGAAUUUUCUUCUAACAUUAUGCUGACCUCUGUUACACCUCUCAUACAGUUUAACUGUCUUCUAAAUACUUACUUUCUUUCAUUUAUAAUUUGAAACAUUAUACUACAUUUUGAAACACACAGUUUUCACAAUACUAAGCAGGAAUUCAGUUAUUAUUGUUGGUUUAUUGAUUAUGAUAUUUAACACAGCAACUUUGUGUAACAUCCAUUUGAUGAAACAUGAUCCUCUUGUAAACUAUAUUUGGAUUAGUUAUACAUGCUGGUUUCCAGUAUCAGAUUGUAGAAGCUGUGGGUAAAAUGCUUAAAAAAGGUGGUACCAAAUACAUGCGAGUUAAAGUUGUAUCUCCAUGUAUUGUGGUUGGUUACCUUUUGUUAAAAGUGGAUCUUUCAGUUGCUUUAAUUAGCUUUAUUUAUGUAUAUGUGUUUUGGUAUUUUUAGAUUGUUGAUUGUGAUUGAUUAAUUUUUGUUUAAAAGAGCUGAAAGACUUAUUUGUCAAAUAAAUACAUAUUUCAACUGA